AUAAAUUAUUGCAAAUAUAUCAAAAUAAAAAAAUGUGUUAACAGUUGCGUAUCUUAAAGAUGUGCCCGACCAAAGUGAAUAAAUAAAUAAAUGUCUUUUAGGCAAAUUUAAAAGGCAAAGAAAGUUUUCCUCUUUCUUUUGGAGGACCAUUUCGGUUCGUUGAUAUUCCUCCUCCUCGUCGUCGCCGUCGUCGUUGUCGUCGUGGUCGCGUUUCGUCGUUCAGUCGGAUAGUUGGUCGGACGGUCGUUUUGGUCCUUCGGACGGGACACUGAAGGGAGGGGGCGGCGGCACAGGCAUGUCACAUGUUCUACUGCUGGGCUUCUUUGUGUGCCGCCUGUGCCUUUGACAUACGCGUCAAAGUAGCAACAAGGAGCCGGGUGCGUGCCACUACAAUGCGGCUUUAAAAAAAGAAAAUAUAUGUUCAUAUAUGUAUAACAAAAGGCAAAACUCCAAGAAGGAUUGACGAACGUCAACGUUCUUUCUAAAUUGAAAAUUGUCGUGACGUAGUUAAAAGAAAGAAAAGAAAUAAAUAUAUAUAAGCAAAACGUUGCUAAAAGUGGUGGCUGAAAACAAAUGUGGUGCAUUAACCAACGACAACUGCAACUGCAACGGCAACGGCAACAACAACAGCAACAGCAACUGGCAGAGCAACAACUGCUGCUUCAAUCUAAAAACAACUUUACAACAACUCUAACUACAUAAUCAAGCUCAACAAAAUGGCAUUGAAAACAGAAAUGACUGCAGAGGAACAACAACAGCAGCAGCAGCAGCAACAUACAACAAAAAGACGUCGACGGCGUUGCAAAGAACAGUGGAUUAAAAAUCAUUUACAAUUGCUAUGCAUAGUUGCCCUCUAUCUAUGGCCAUGGUCAUUGCCCUAUGCUCGAGCCCAGCAACAGAAAUUCCGCACAACGCCUCAUGAUCUUCAAGUUCUGGAGGGUGCCGAGGCCAUGAUGCGCUGUGAAGUCACAAAUUUGGCAGGCGCUGUUCAAUGGACGAAAGAUGGCUUCGCCUUGGGCUUUGAGGCAGUCAUACCGGGAUUUCCACGCUACUCCGUGCUCGGAGAUCGCAAACAGGGUGUCUAUAAUUUGCGCAUAUCGAAUGCCUCAAUCAACGAUGAUGCCGAAUAUCAAUGUCAAGUCGGUCCGGCGAGAUUACAAUCGGCCAUCAGAGCGAAUGCCAAACUCACCGUCAUAUCUCCACCGUCAUCGAUCGAAAUCAAGGGUUAUAGUCACAACUCGAAGGUUGAAGUGCGUGAGAAUCAGGACUUGCAACUCAAAUGCAUUGUGGCCAAUGCAAAGCCAGCGGCUCAAAUAGUCUGGUAUCGCGGCAAUACUGAAUACAAACCAGAAAAACGGGAAGAUAAGGUUGAAGAAUCGACGCCAAAACGAUUUACCACCACAUCCAUUUUGAAGUUGAAACCAGGUCCUGAUGACGAUUAUACGGAAUAUACGUGCCAGGCCAAACAUAAGGCUUUAUCGCCGGAUAUGCCAAUGCGUGCAACGGUUCAACUGUCCGUGUUGUAUCCACCUGGUCCACCCUAUAUUGAAGGUUAUUCAGCUGGUGAAACAUUGCGCCGUGGCCAAACAGUGGAGCUUAUGUGCCGCAGUCGUGGUGGCAAUCCUCCAGCUCAACUUAUUUGGUAUAAAAAUGGCUCACAAAUACGCAUGGCCUAUAGAACCUCUGGACGUUUGUCGGAGAAUAUUUAUACUUUUACUGCCGAAGCGGGGGAUAAUAAGGCUCGUUUUCGCUGCGAGGCCAGCAAUGUGAUGUCAAAGGAUCCCCUUAAAGCUGAAGUGGAAUUAUCUGUUCUAUUUGCACCUUCACACGUCACCGUUACGGGUCCCACGGAGGCUCGUGUGGGGGAUGUUGUGCCACUUACGUGCACCACAGCACCAUCGAAUCCACCCGCUGAGAUCAAAUGGAUGGUGGGCGGACGUCAGAUACGCAAUGCCACAUCAAAGACCAUUGUCAGUCCCGAAGGCGGCUGGACUACUUCAUCCAAUAUUAGCACUAUUGUGGAGCCAAAUAAACGUUCCUUGGUAAUCAUUUGCCAUGGCCUUAAUAUGCAGCUAACAGAGAAUGUUGUCUCCACCCAUACGAUCAAUGUCCUGUAUCCACCCGCACCGCCAUUAAUUUCUGGCUAUAUAGAAGGACAAAUUAUACCAGCUGGUUCAGUGCAAAAACUGCUUUGCGUUUCAUCAGGCGGCAAUCCGUUGGCAACGUUAACGUGGUAUAAAAACGACAAAAGGAUCAACUCGGUUUUACGCGCCGCGGACAAAUCGGUUUCAGCGGAAAUAACCAUCUUGGCCAACGUUACCGACAACCAGGCGCAAUAUCGUUGCGAGGCCUCGAAUAGCGCCACGGAGAUACCGCUCUUCCAGUCCACAACGCUCAGUGUGCAUUUUGCCCCGGAGACGGUAAAAAUACGCAUUGAACCGGAAGAGCUGCGACCUGGCAUGGAGGCCUCCAUCAUUUGCGACUCGAGCUCAAGCAAUCCGCCGGCCAAGCUGUCCUGGUGGAAGGACGGCAUCUCCAUUGAAGGCAUUAAUAACACGUCCAAGCCCGGACUCUGGGGCGGCACAGUCUCUACGCUCGAAUUCAGGGUAAACAUCUCACAGGAAAUGAACGGCAUAGUCUACACUUGCCAAAGCGCCAACGAGGCACUACAACGUAGUGUCCAUGAGGCCAUAAGCCUGGAUGUUCUAUAUCGUCCCAAGUUUGUGCCGCCGCCAUCCUCAACGGCUGUCGGUGUGGAAGGUGAAUCCCUGCAGGUGUCGCUCCAGGCGAAUGGUAAUCCUGCAGCCAUUGCCUAUACAUGGACAAAGGAUGGCAUGAGUAUACCCCAAAGCGAUGGCGUUGAGCAUCGUAUAUUUGCCGAAGCGGGCACUUUGAAUUUUACCCGCCUGCAUCGUGACGAUGCGGGGGUCUAUUCCUGUAGUGCUGGCAACUCGCAAGGCAAGGCUGCACUCAAUAUCACAGUGGUAGUGGAAUAUGGCACUACCAUCAAGUCUAUAUCAGAGAACAUCAUUGUGAAUCCUGGUGAGGAGGCAAUGCUUUCGUGUACUGUUGAGGGUAAACCUCUAACAGAGGAGCAUGUCAAGUGGGAACGAGUUGGCUACGAUAUGGCCGCCAAGACAACAACAACGUUUGCCAAUGGCACAUCCUAUCUGCACAUUAAGGAUGCUCAACGCGAAGAUGUUGGUAACUUUCGUUGUGUGGCCGACAAUCGUGUGGCCAAUCCCACCAAUCGAGAUGUCCUGCUGAUAGUCAAGUUUGCUCCGGAAAUAGCCAAGUCACCGACACUGCUGAGAGCUGCCAGCGGUACAGGUGAGCGUGGUCGUUUACCGUGUCGUGCGCAGGCAUCCCCGAAGCCAGAAUUCAUUUGGCGCCAGGAUAAAAAAGAUUUGCCCAUUAAUCGUACAUAUAAAUAUGAAGUGGAAGAGCGUAAAAUCGACUCAUUGACCUAUGAAUCUACGCUAAUUGUACAAAAGGUGGCUCCCGCCGACUACGGGGCCUACGAAUGUGUGGCCCGCAAUGAACUAGGCGAAACGAUAGAGACCGUCCGCUUGGAUAUCACAUCACCACCAGAUCCACCACUUAGUCUCAAUAUCUUGAAUGUUACCCACGAUACAGUGACUGUUGCCUGGACGCCUGGUUUUGAUGGCGGCCUAAAGGCCUCGUAUCGUGUGCGCUAUCGGAUGGCCGACCGUGAGCAAUACAAGUACAUUGAUGGAUUGCCCAAUAGCCAUAAGCUAACGAUUGCUGGAUUGCGUAUGAACACACUUUACUUGUUCUCCGUCAUGUCAAAGAAUGAGUUGGGUCAGAGUGUCUAUUUGCCGGAUUUAACGCGUGCCCAGACCAAAGAAGCACCACCACCGUCACAGCCAGCCUCAUCACUGGGCGGUGGACCACCGACCACCAGUCAGACACCAUUGGGUGGUACAUCGGGAAUGUUGCUGUUUGUUGGUGUUUCGGCUGGCAUUGCUGUCGUUGUAGUCAACAUUCUUGUCAUCGGCUGUUGCCUGCAUAAACGCAACGAGAAGCGCCUAAAGCGAGUGGCGGAAACUACAAAUCAACCAGGCAAAACGGCAACCAUCGAAAUGUAUGCCCCCAGUUCGUACAAUGACACCGUUACCGGCGAGACACUGUCCAGUGUGUCGGAAAAGAGCGAAUCCUACUCGAAUGAGGGCAGCACUCAGCCGGAAUAUAUUGACGAGGCUCGUAAGAAGGCUGCCUCAACAUAUUUGGUUGAAGGGACAGCAGAUAUGCCACCGCCCAGAUAUCAAAAGGAUGGCACUUUGCCAGUAUUAUAUCCGAAUAAUAUGGUAAAUGCCUGCACCCUGCCACAUCCGAGGCAUAACAAUGCAAUUGGAGCAACAGCAGCUGGUAGCAAUAAUGCUGCUGCAGCCAUCCAUAUGACGCGAGACGAUCAGAUGCUCAUCACCAAGGGCGUUUAUAUUCCGUCCCCAUCGCCAGCGCCACCGCCAGAUGGUUCCUAUUAUAAUAUGAAUAGCGAUAGAUAUCUAUCCUAUCCGCCAAUGGAAUAUACGGCUGCCUUGGACUUUAGUGCCCCACCGUUGCCCAUGACGCAUCUGCAACCCAUUACGGUCACCUCGCAAGCCAUGUUGACCUCAAAUGGCGGUGCCACCCUGAUAGCCAAUGGCAAUGCAGCCAAUGCAGGUGUUGGUGGUGGUGGUUCAGGCACUCUGAGACGUGGAAUUCUGCGUGGAGUUGUGGGUGUACCACCACCGGAUGUCACCCAUCACACCUCACCGGGCAGUCCCAUGCAAAUAUUGCAUGAUCUGCAUCAUCCCAUCAAUUUGAGUGCCACAACGUUAACAACUAGCACCACACUAAAUGGCAGCAUGACAUCAGCAUCAACGCAUGGGACACUGCCACGUCAACCGCAGAGUAUCCUAAAGGACCCAAAUCGAAAUAAGCAGCAACAGCAGCAACAACAUCAGCAGCAGCAGCAGCUUCUCAAUGCCAGCCUAGUGGGUGUUGGUGUUCCUGUCUCAGGUCCGGUGGGGAGCCUGCAGAUACUGAAUCUGCCCGCUGUGGGUCCUGGCCUGGGUAACAAUCUAUUAAUGACUACCAGCGCCACUUAUGAUCCAAGUGGCGUUGGACCUAUGAGUAGUUUUAAUGCUGCCAAUGUGGCAGCUGUCUCACAGGGUCUUUCCUGUCCGGUGGCCUAUACAGAUGCGGAUGGACAUCUUGUAUAGCUAUAGGCUGAGACUGGGGCCACCAGUGAGUCCCGGUACUGAGCCAGUCAACAUGCAUGCAUACAUAUAUGUAUGCCUAAACCAAACCUAACCUAACCACAAAUCUAACCUAACUUUACCUAACCUAACUUUUACAUAUACAUGCAUAACGAGAGAGCUUUCUUUAACUCUGUGUAUAUGCGUGUGUUCUAGUUAGUUGAGUCUGACUGCAAGCAAACAAACAACUCAACCACUUCCGCUCGCCCUUCCUUCUAUUUCCCACAGUUAAAGCUUACCCCCAACCACUCACCAUUCAUUACCUUAUUCAAAUCAGCUAACGAAUUAGUUUAUGUAAAUUUUUAUUUAAGAAAAAAAUAGAACUGAAGGACACGAACGAACGCAACAAAAUUUAUAAAAAAAAAAACUGACCAGGGAUUGAGCAGUGUGGGAGAGACAUCAAGGAUUUGCGUAACUAAUUAGAAUGAAAAAAAAAAAAACGACGAAGAAAGGGAAGGAGAAGAAUAAGGGGAAGUAGAAGAAGCUGGAGUAAGAAAAACAAAAAUUGUGAAAAUUUUCUUUUAGUGUGGAACGCGGAAACGAGGCGAAGCCAUUUCACAGCUCCCUGGGGCGUGCUCACAGGCUCAAAAGACGUGAUGAGACAACGCUGGACAGAGAAGAAAAAGCUUGGCCAAAAGUUGAAGGUUAGACGAUUAGUUAGCUUCUCCCUCCACUCCCAGUUCUGGCUUCGACUACUCUUCGUUUAGAUAGUGAACAGAUAGCAGUAGAAGA